AUGCCGCAUCACACUAAAAGCACAAAGCCCUUACUACAAAGCGCGCAACCAAAGAAAUCACUGGAUUCACCUUCUCGACUAAAUGUACUUCUCACAAAUGGUCGUUUUCCCGUGUCUCUCGACCUUGCCCGGCAGCUCACCCUCGCAGGGUGUCGUGUGUACUGUGUGGACCCUAUGCAGUAUCAUAUAUGUCGGUUCUCCCGGGUGGUGAAAGCCAACAAAGUUGUACCAUCACCGCGCUCCAACCCAAGAGGAUACGUUGAAGCAGUGAGAGAAGCCAUACGGGUAUGGAAAAUACACUUCGUCAUACCAAUACACGAGGAAGAAUUUUGUCUCGCAGAGUCCAUGGAGCCGGAGAUCCUGGACAGGUUAUUUGCUCCUUCUUGGGAGGUUCUCAUGCUCCUACAUAGUAAAUGGGAAUUUUCGAAUAUGAUGCGGCGGUUUGAGCUCGACGUUCCCGCUGCUCAACUUUGCAGGAACAUGGAUGAUAUUCGGAAACUGGACCGAAGUAAGGAAUGGGCGGUUAAGCCUGUCUUUGGACGAGCGAAUACGAACGUCCACCAUCUCAGGCCCGGAGAGCCUAUUCCUACUAUUCAUGUUAGUGAGAAGGACCAAUAUGUCGCCCAGGAGUGGAUCCGUGGAGCUCGAUAUUGCUCAUACAGUGUGUUCUACCAAGGGUUUCUGAGGGCACACGGGGUCUACCCCGUGCUUGAAACGAUCGACGGCAGCUCGUGUGUUUAUUUCCAAGCCUGCAACCACCCCAAAAUCAAAGAAUAUGUGGAGCGGUUAGCAGCGCAGUUGUUCCCAAUUCAUGGACAGAUCAGCCUGGACUUCAUCGAGACCGAGGACAGACUGGUGACGAUCGAUUGCAAUCCACGCGCAUCGAGCGGUAGUCACCUUUGGUCUGGGACUCCAUUUCUGGCAAUGGUCCUUAUAGGACGAGGCACCGAGUCGUUCAUAGAGCCGCCUCGUACCCUGCUGGGUCUUGCAUUCGAGAGACAGGUGAUCCCCGGAAUGCUAAUGUGGGAGCACAAAAACUUUACCCUGAAACGGUUCCUAAAGCAUGUGUGGAGGCUGGUAAAGACUCGUGAUGUCGUAUGGAGCUGGUUGGAUUUAAUGCCGUCGUUGGCAUCCCCAUUUAUGCUCACGUAUUAUUAUUAUCUGUGCCGGCAGCACAAGCUGACAUUACCUGAUCUAUUUCAGUGGGAUUUGAUAUGGGAGCCAACUGACGAAGAGCAAGAGAGGGUGAGAAAUCUUGGACGGAGAAUGCAGGGGCAUGAGGGCCGAAAAGAUGGUUGA